AUAAUUCCUCUAGAAACCCUUCCUAAAGAAGAAACUUUACGACUUCGUGAACACAUUGGCAAAUCAUGUACCCUGUUUUUCAAAGAUGACCCACUCAAAAUUGUUAAAGGUGAUGGUCAAUACAUGUAUGAUGAAAUUGGAACCAAGUAUCUCGACUGUAUCAACAAUGUUGCUCAUGUUGGUCACUGUAAUCCUCAUAUAAAUCGAGCUUUUGCUCGUCAAAUGUCACUCAUCUAUACCAAUUCUCGUUAUCUUCAUGAUGCUAUGGUCAUAUAUGCUAAGCGAUUGACUCAAUAUUUUCCUCAAAAUUUGUCAGUCUGCUACUUUGUCAACUCUGGCUCUGAAGCCAAUGAUCUUGCCUUUCGACUUGCUCGUGCUCAUACAAAACACAAGGAUGUCAUCGCUGUAGAUAGGUAAGUUUUUUAUUUUAUUUCUUAGUUCAAUGUUUUUUGAUUAUUUCAAAUCAUCUUUCAUUUUUUUAUCCUUAGUGCAUACCAUGGUCACUUAACCUCUGUUGUUGAAAUUAGCCCUUACAAAUUUGAAAAUAUUAAGGGGCACAAGAAG